CUCUCUUUUCUUCUUCUUUCCAUUUUCCUCACACCCACAGGCCACCUUUCUCUUCCCUCUCUCUAUUUCUCUUCUCUCUCUCCACACCAUCAUACCCACGACGGCGGCCCUUCUCACCACCGACGACUCCACUGUCGGUCGACAGUCCUUUCCGAAACCGGCGGUCCCCCCUCCGGCCAUAUCUUAUCUCUCUCUUUUUCACACCAUACCCACGGCUCCCAUGUCAUCACCCCACUGUGAGCACCGCCAUCACCAUCCAUUGUGAAGUUCACCACAAGUGGCUAUUUUCGCUUCAACGCCGGUGGCACUGACGCCAUCUCUCCACUACGACACCCAUUCUUUCCACUAUCAUUUCAAAAGCGAACCACGUGGUGUAAGUUACGAUAUAGCAUCCGCAUUCCCUGUUAUUCACCGGAGUUUGUAGGGCGUGGAGAAAGACGGAAGUGAUGCAAACGCUUCACAUGAACGCCGGAUCUGGGGAGACCAGUUAUGCAAAGAACUCGUCGGUUCAGAGCAACAUUAUAUCCACAGCGAAACCAGUGACGGAGGAAGCUAUACUAGAUAUAUUCAACAAUGUCUUGCCUGAGAGCGUAGGCAUUGCGGAUUUGGGUUGCUCAUCUGGACCCAACGCCUUGUUGGUGGUGUCAGAGAUACUGGACGUGAUAUAUGCCAAAUGGCAGCAGCUGGGUCGUCCUUGUUCGCCUGAGUUUAGGGUGUACUUGAAUGAUCUCAUCGGCAAUGACUUCAACAAUGUGUUUGGCUCACUCCCUGCAUUUUACAACAAACUCAAGGAAGAGAAAGGCUCCGAGUUUGGGCCAUGUUUUAUAUCGGGUGUGCCUGGUUCAUUUUACGGGAGGGUGUUCCCAAGCAAGAGUCUCCACUUCGUGCACUCUUCUUCCAGUCUCCACUGGCUCUCUCAGGUUCCACCGGGUCUAGAGAGCAAGGAUGGGAGAGGGAGCUGGAACAAGGGAAAAAUUUACAUAUCAAAGACGAGUCCAGAUUGCGUUUUGGAGGCAUACUCAUCGCAGUUCCAGAAGGACUGGUCAGUGUUUCUCAAGUCACGUGCAGAAGAAAUAGUGGGGGGAGGACGCAUGGUGUUGUCCUUCAUGGGCAGGAGAUCCACAGACCCUCGUUCAAAAGAGAGUUGCUACCAGUGGGAGCUCUUAGCCCGAGCACUCAUGAGCAUGGUUUCGGAGGGUCUAAUUGAGGAGAAAAAGGUUGAUUCAUUCGAUGCUCCAUACUAUGCACCAAGUCCGGAAGAAGUGAAAUUUGGAAUAUACAAAGAGGGGUCAUUCAUCUUAGAUCGGUUGGAAAUGUUUGAAAUUGAUUGGGAUGGAGGUGAUGGUGAUAAUUAUGAUGCAACUCCCACGUCCUCAACACUAUCAAAUGGAGCACGAGUGGCUAAGACAAUUAGAGCUGUGGUUGAGUCCAUGCUAGCAAGCCAUUUUGGAGGAGAUGUAAUGGAUGGUUUAUUUCAAAGGUACGGUGAGAUGGUGGGCGAUCACUUGGCAAAGACAAGGGCUAAGUAUAUUAAUUUGGUCAUCUCCCUCGUAAGAAAAGUUUAAUUAAAUGUAGAAACUAGAGUACAUAUACUCUGUGAUCAACGUACAAUAAAUUUCUUGAUGUUCCGUUAGUACUACCAUUGAAGUUCUUCCUUUGCUCUC